AAACCAUUUUUUUUUUUUUUAUAAAGAAACAAAAAACCAAAAAAAAAGACUUGAAAACCACCGAUCUGGGGAAUUAGCGUAACCGUCUCUCUCUCUCUCUCUCUCUCCAUUACCCAGAUCGCACUUGAUUGAGAAAAUGUCAUCUCUAAGCAGAGAGUUAGUUUUCUUGAUUCUUCAGUUCUUAGAUGAAGAAAAGUUCAAAGAAUCUGUUCACAAGCUUGAGCAGGAGUCGGGGUACUUUUUCAAUUUGAAGUACUUUGAAGAGAAAGCUAUGCUUGGGGAGUGGGAUGAAGUCGAGAAGUAUCUUUCUGGUUUCACUAAGGUUGAUGAUAAUCGUUACUCUAUGAAAAUUUUCUUCGAAAUCAGGAAGCAAAAGUAUCUCGAAGCGCUAGAUCGACAAGAUAGGGCAAAAGCUGUUGAGAUAUUAGCAAAGGACUUGAAAGUUUUUGCUACCUUUAACGAGGAGCUUUACAAGGAAAUCACUCAGCUUCUUACUCUGGAGAAUUUUAGGGAGAAUGAACAGUUAUCGAAAUACGGUGAUACCAAAUCAGCUAGGGGUAUUAUGCUUGGGGAGUUGAGGAAAUUGAUUGAGGCUAAUCCUCUGUUUAGAGAGAAGCUUGCUUUACCCACUUUCAAGGCUUCACGCCUGCGAACCUUGAUCAAUCAAAGCUUGAAUUGGCAACAUCAGCUAUGUAAAAACCCAAGGCCUAAUCCAGACAUCAAAACGUUGUUCACUGAUCACACUUGCUCACCACAAAAUGGAGCCCGUGCACCCACUCCUGUUCUUCCAGUUGGUGCUGUUGCAAAGCCUUCAACAUAUGCUCCUCUUGGGGUACAUGGUGGACCUUUCCAGCCUACGUCUGCUCCCGCUCCUAACGCAAAUGCUUUAGCUGGAUGGAUGGCAAACCCAAAUCCAUCUUCGUCAGUUACUGGUGGUGUUGUGGCCUCUUCCCCAUUUCAUAUGCAGCCAAAUCAAGUUGCUAUGCUAAAACAUCCUCGGCCAUCCUCAAACUCCCUUGGAAUGAUGGAUUAUCAAAGUGCUGAUCACGAGCAACUUAUGAAACGUUUACGGUCUGGACCAACUGGUGAUGAGGUCACAUAUCCUGCUCAUUCUCAGUCUGCCGUCUCACUUGAUGACCUCCCUCGAAAUGUAGUGAGUACAAUGCGCCAAGGGUCAGUAGUGACAAGCAUGGAUUUUCACCCUUCCCAUCACACGUUGCUCACUGUUGGUUGUUCCAGCGGUGAAGUCACCUUGUGGGAAGUUAGAUCUAGGGAGAAGGUUGUCACAGAGCCUUUCAAGAUAUGGAAUAUGGGAGCUUGUUCUGUGAACUUCCAGGGUUCUAUUGUCAAGGACCCAUCAAUAUCUGUUAGUCGUGUAUCAUGGAGUCCAGAUGGAAAUUUGAUUGGGGUUGCGUUUACUAAACAUCUGAUCCAUAUAUAUGCUUACCAAGGGUCUGAAUUACGUCAACACCUAGAGAUGGAUGCUCAUGUUGGCUGUGUGAAUGACUUGGCCUUCGCCCACCCAAAUAAGCAACUUUGUAUCGUGACUUGUGGGGAUGAUAAAGUUAUAAAGGUCUGGGAUUUGAGUGGGAAGAAACUUUAUACCUUUGAAGGGCACGAGGCACCAGUUUACUCCAUCUGCCCUCACCAGAAAGAAAACAUCCAGUUUAUAUUCUCAACUGCUCUUGAUGGUAAGAUCAAGGCUUGGCUCUAUGAUAAUGUGGGCUCAAGAGUUGACUAUGAUGCACCAGGACAGUGGUGUACAACUAUGCUAUAUAGUGCUGAUGGUAGCAGAUUAUUUUCUUGUGGUACAAGUAAAGACGGAGAUUCUUUCCUGGUUGAGUGGAAUGAAAGUGAAGGUGCCAUAAAGAGGACAUAUUUGGGCUUUAGAAAGAAAGCUUCAGGGGUAGCCUUCCCCGAUUGAGAUUCAACAAGGAAGGGAACCUUCUUGCUGUUACUACAGCUGAUAACGGAUUUAAAAUUCUUGCUAAUGGGGACGGUCUGAGGACCUUAAGGGUUAUGGAAGCUCGUUCUUUCGAAGCAUCCAGAGCAUCCACUGAGAUGAAGGUAUCCUCAUCUGCAAUGGUUACAAAUAUUGGCCCAGCUAUUGGUAAAAUGGAACAAAUGGAUAUUGGCUCUCCCACAAGGCCAACCCCUAUUCCUAACGGAGUUGAUGCAAUGUCAAGAACUAUGGAGAAGCCAAGAAACAUGGAGUCUGUUGAAAAGUCCAAACCUUCGGAGCUCAUGGAAAUUGUAGAUCCGGCUCAGUGCCGACAAGUGACCAUGCCAGAUAGCAAGGAUUCUGUUAGCAAGGUUGCUCGGCUUCUUUAUACAAAUUCGGGUGUUGGCGUUUUAGCUCUUGGAACUAAUGGUGUCCAGAGACUAUGGAAGUGGAGCCGCAGCGAGCAAAAUCCAACUGGAAAGGCUACCGCUAGUGUCACUCCACAGCAUUGGCAACCUAACAGUGGUCUCUUAAUGACAAAUGAUGUUCCGGAGAAUCCUGAGGGAACUGUUCCGUGCAUAGCCCUUUCGAAGAAUGACUCGUACGUAAUGUCUGCUUGUGGUGGAAAGGUUUCACUGUUUAAUAUGAUGACAUUUAAGGUGAUGACUACUUUCAUGCCACCGCCUCCUGCUUCAACGUUCCUUGCAUUUCAUCCUCAAGAUAAUAACAUUAUUGCAAUUGGGAUGGAGGAUUCUACUAUUCAUAUCUACAACGUCAGGGUAGAUGAGGUGAAAACAAAGUUGAAAGGCCACCAAAAGCACAUCACUGGUUUAGCAUUUUCUGCGGCUCUAAAUAUUCUAGUUUCAUCUGGUGCUGAUGCCCAGCUAAUCUUUUGGAGUGCUGACUCAUGGGAGAAGAAGAAAUCUUCAGCUAUCCCACUACCAGCUGGAAAGUCACCAGUAGGUGACACUCGUGUCCAGUUCCACAACGACCAGGUCCAUUUACUGGUUUCUCAUGAGACACAGAUAGCCAUAUAUGACGGUUCAAAGAUGGAGUGCAUUCAGAAGUGGGUGCCACAAGAAUCGCUAUCAUCACCCAUAACCUGCGCAUCGUACUCGUGCAACAGUCAACUGGUUUACGCAUCAUUUGCGGAUGGAAACAUCGGAGUCUUCGAUGCUGAAUACUUGAGACUCAGAUGUCGCAUUGCCCCAUCAGCCUACAUGCCACAACCCACACAAAACAGUGCUCCAAUCAUGCCACUGGUAAUUACUGCUCACCCUCAAGAACCGAACCAAAUAGCUGUUGGACUCUCUGAUGGGUCGGUAAAAGUUCUCGAAACCCCAGAACCUUUUAGAAGAUGGGGCGUUGCAGAGAAAGCAGGGACGGAAAAUGGACGGCCUUCAAGUGCGUCGGUGGCUAAUAACUCUGGUUCAGAUCAGAUUCAAAGGUAGAAAAAAAGGAAGAAAAAGAUGACAGAUAAAGUUAGUUGGGUUUCUUCUUUGUUAGUGUAAAUCUGUUAUAGCUUUGGUCUUUUGUGUUGGGGACAAGUAAAACGCUUUAGAGUAAAACCCAGAAGAACUCAGUAGCUGUAGUUUCGUUUUGUUAGUUUUUUUAAUGAAUGCAUCUUGUCAAAGUUUCCAUUAGUUGUCAUGUCAGAGACGGAGACAAGAAUAUUGGUUGAUCUGAUAUUGUCGAAAGUACGCAAAUUCCACAA